CUUAAAUAAAUACAUCAGUAAUGCAUUUCAACAUGAGGAUUCAAAGUUCACUUGCAGCCAGCACUCAUAAUGUAUCAGUCUGAACACACUCAGGAUAUUCAGGUUCAGUUUUGUAACCACAAUGCUCACAACUAUCUGGGUUUGUUCUUGCCUUUCCAUGUCACAUGUGUUUAUCUUGUGUAAACUGAGCAGAGUGGAGCAGAAAGCUCUCAGAAGUCAGGAUUAAGAAGAGGCCUCGGCCUGAUGAAGCCUCCUGCAGGUUAAUGAUUACAGCAGCUCUGCUGGUCACAGUUCGCCCUCUUUCAGGUUACAGACUGAAUCCAGUUCACUCAGUGUUCUUGUGUUUGGGUGGACAGCAAUGUCGGGGCAGCGUGUGUGUGUGUCAGACUUUGAGGAGGAAGCAAGGAAAGUUCUUCCCAAAGCUGUGUAUGACUAUUACCGCUCAGGAGCCGAUGAGCAAAACACACUGGCUGAUAAUGUUGCUGCCUUCAACAGGUGGUGUCUUGUUCCUCGGGUACUGAGGAAUGUGUCCACAGUAGAUCUGAGUGUCUCUGUGAUGGGUCAGAAGCUCAGCAUGCCGCUCUGUGUUGCAGCCACAGCAAUGCAGAGAAUGGCUCACCCUGAUGGAGAGACAGCUACAGCAAGAGCAUGCCAAGCAAUGGGGACAGGGAUGAUGCUGAGCUCCUGGGCUACCUCCACUAUAGAGGAAGUGAUGUCAGCGAUGACAGCCUCACUGGGCAGUGGGGGUGUUCUGUGGCUGCAGCUCUACAUCUAUAAAGACCGAGAGCUCACACUGUCAUUGGUCCGCCGAGCAGAGGAGGCAGGUUAUAAGGCUAUCUUUGUUACCGUGGACACGCCAUACUUGGGUAGGAGAUGGGAUGACAUGCGCAACCGCUUUAAACUGCCCCCACACCUGAGCAUGUCUAACUUCUCAACAGCCUCUUUGGCUUUCUCUGAGGGAAACUAUGGUAAUGACAGCGGUUUGGCUGUUUAUGUUGCAAAAGCAAUAGACCCCACCCUCAGCUGGGAUGACAUCACCUGGCUGAAGAAACACACACACCUACCUGUGAUUGUGAAAGGAAUACUAAGUGGUGAGGAUGCCGUCCAGGCUGUGAACUAUGGUGUUGAUGGCAUCUUGGUAUCCAAUCAUGGAGCUCGACAGCUAGAUGGGGUUCCUGCCACGCUGGAUGUGUUGGAGGAGGUGGUGGGGGCGGUGCAGGGUCGCUGUGAUGUCUACAUGGAUGGAGGGGUGAGGCGAGGGACAGACGUCCUGAAGGCAUUAGCUCUGGGAGCAAAGGCUGUCUUCGUCGGCCGACCAGUGCUGUGGGGCCUCGCCUGUCAGGGGGAACAAGGAGUUACUGAGCUUCUGGAACUUCUGAAAGAGGAGCUGCGACUGGCUAUGGCCCUGGCAGGCUGUUGUUCUAUAUCGGAGGUGAACAGGUCCCUGGUCAGGAGAGUGGAGUUCACCUCCAGGAUGUGAGAGCAGAUCUGCUGCUGGAAUCACAACAAAAUACAUUCUUGAUGGAUCACUGGAUACAUUCAUUUGUCCAAUUUAUUUGCUAUGUUUGUAUUCAGAUUUGUUUGUUUGAAUAAGUAAUGUUACAACUGGUUCUAUUGAAAAUAUCAUAUCAUCAAAUCUAAUGUAUGAUUUAGGUCAUGAUACCUGCUAAUAUCUUCAUCUCCCUGCAUAUCACAUAACGUUAGUUUUCACUUUUGCCUUCAACUAUAUGAAUAAGAUUCCCCACAUCCCUGGAGUGAUGUCAUGUAGGAGUUUCACCUGUGCUUCAUGCUAACCUGUCAUCAUCUUCAUCACUUCACAGAGUUAAAAGUAACUUUAAGAGCAAUGCAGUGCAUUUGAUUUUAUUGCUUUCAUCCACUGUCAUUUUGUAUCACUUAAUAUAAAAACCUCAAUUUUUUUGCAGUAACUAACAAGUUAGAACUCUCCCCAACAAAGGGAGAGGUAGUUAGCCCAAGUUCACUGGGUGGAAAUAUGUUUGUGCUUCUGUGAUCAACUGCAAAUCUUUUUGGUAACACUGUAUGCAUCAGGAUAUCACAAUGUGACACUUGCAUUAUUACCAAAUCCUGAAGCCAUGUCUUGUAUCUAAAUUUGAGUUAUGAGACUAUUAUUUUAGUUGAUA